UGGGCGAACAAUGAUUCACACAGGCAGAUGACAACACACGAGGGCAAACACGAGUAGAGGAGAAGAAAAGCUCUAACCUCCGUCAAAGGCCUUCCUCGUCUCGACAAAUAUUGUCACGAGCCUCUCAUCCACCGCAUCCGCCAGCUUUCUCAGAGGAUGUGCACAAGUGCAGGAAGGAUGAAGCCGCUUCAGCUGGUCAUCAUCUUCUGCUUGACAGCGGUUUCAGCUUCAGAAUGUCCCAGACGAGUGUGUUACUACACCAACUGGUCGCAGUACCGGCCGGACCAGGGCAAGUUCUUUCCCGAGAACAUCGAUGUCAACCUUUGCACUCACCUCAUCUUCGCCUUCGCCAAGCUGCAGGGCAACAACCUGGCUCCCUACGAGUGGGACGACAUCAGCACUCCGUGGUUAAAAGGCCUGUACGAACGCUUCAAUGACCUCAAGAUCCUCAACCCCGGACUGGUCACUCUCCUGUCAGUGGGCGGGUGGACCUUGUCGUCUGCUCCUUUCAGCGCCAUGGUGGCCACAGCCGCCGGGAGACAGGAGUUCGCCAACUCCAGUGUGCAGUACCUACGAAAAUACGGUUUUGAUGGCCUGGACCUUGACUGGGAAUAUCCUGGAUCACGUGGCAGUCCCCCUGAGGACAAGCAGCGCUUCACAUUGCUGGUGCAGGAAGUGAUGUCCACCUUCGAGAGAGAGGGACAGACAACAGGCCGGCCACGGCUUCUGCUGACCGCUGCUGUUGCAGCCGGUAAGGACAACAUUGAUGCUGGAUAUGACAUACCAUCCAUUUCUCGGACGCUGGACUUUCUCAAUCUGAUGACGUUCGACUACCACGGCUCCUGGGAAUCGUUCACCGGUGAGAACAGCCCACUGUACCCCUUGAGCCACGAGAUAGGAGCACAACGAUUUCUAAAUGUGAACUGGUCAGUGAGCUACUGGCUGGACAAGGGAGCAUCACCAGAGAAGCUUGUGGUCGGUUUACCUUCUUAUGGUCGGAGUUUCACGCUGGCCAAUAAAAAGGACAAUGGAGUCGGUGCCCCUACCAAUGGACCUGGUCACCCGGGCCCCUACAGUCGGGAGAGUGGAAUUCUGACAUACUAUGAGAUCUGCACUCAGAUAGCCACUGCCGACAAGUUUGUCAACGACACGGAGCAGGAAGUGCCUUACCUCGUCAAGGACGACCAGUGGAUGGGCUUUGAUGAUGAAAGCAGCCUCAUAAUCAAGGUGCAGUACAUAAAGAACCGGAAGCUGGGUGGUGUCAUGGUGUGGACCCUGGAUAAUGACGACUUCUCUGGAUCCUUCUGUGGCUCUGGACCCUAUCCGCUCAUAACAACAGUCCACAAGGAGUGUAUAGCCCCAUCAUGUCGGAGGCGAGUGUGUUACUACACCAACUGGUCGCAGUACCGACCGGACCAGGGGAGGUUCUUCCCAGCGAACAUCGAUGUCAACCUUUGCACUCACCUCAUCUUCGCCUUCGCCAAGCUGCAGGGCAACAACCUGGCGCCAGUCGAGUGGAACGAUCUCUCGGUCUGGAGCACCGGGCUGUACCGUCAAGUCAAUGACCUGAAGCUACAGAAUGCGAACCUGACCACAUUGCUGGCUGUGGGCGGGUGGACCUUGUCGUCUGCUCCCUUCAGCGCCAUGGUGGCCACAGCCGCCGGGAGACAGGAGUUCGCCAACUCCAGUGUCCAGUACCUCCGACUACACGGCUUCGACGGCCUUGCCCUUGACUGGCAGUACCCGGCAGCCCGAGGAAGUCCACCCGAAGACAAGGGACGAUUUGUCUUGCUUUUAGAGGAAGUGAUGUCCACGUUUGAGCGAGAGGGGCAGACAACAGGCCGGCCACGUCUUCUGUUGACCGCUGCUGUUGCCGCCGGUAAGGACAUCAUCGAUGCUGCCUACGACAUACCAGCUAUUUCCAGAAAUGUAGACUUCAUGAACCUGAUGGCCUUUGACUACCAUGGACCGUGGGAUGGUGUGACAGGACAGAACAGUCCAUUGUAUUCCUUGCCGGAGGAGAUUGACAGUCAAUUGUUUCUCAACGUGAACUGGUCAGUGAACUACUGGCUAGACAAAGGGGCAUCACCAGACAAGCUUGUAGUUGCGGUUCCUGCCUAUGGCCGAAGUUUCACUCUCAUCAACUCGCAAAAUACAAGCAUCGGGGCCCCGGCCAACACGUCUGGACUGGCAGGACCAUUCACCAGAGAGCCAGGAGUUCUCGCUUACUACGAGAUCUGUCCCCAAGUGCUGACCGCUGAUAUACUCGUCAAUACAACCCUGCAGGAGGUUCCCUAUCUGGUCAAGAAUGACCAGUGGAUUGGUUUUGAUGACCAGGACAGCAUUAGAACCAAGGUGCAGUACAUCAAGAGCAUGAAUCUGGGUGGUGUCAUGUUCUGGACACUGGAUCAGGACGACUUCUCUGGAACUUUCUGUGGCAAGGGACGUUACCCUCUCUUACGCACAGUUGAUGAGGAGUGUCGGGCCCUGUGAGGAUCUUAUGUCACAGAGAAACACGGAACAGUCAUUAACUAUGAUUCCAAUUAUGUAAAUUUAUAAACACUGCAUAUUAACAGGGUGCCAGCUUCCUUACAAAGUAAUGAGGCUCAUCGACAUUGCCUUCAAACACAGAUUUAUCUCCCUGUUAAUAUAUUGAUAAAUAACCGAAUGUUUUAGAUAAACAAAUGAUGAUUCCUGUACUCACUGGCGUGCACACACACGCAUACACACAAGUACAAAUGUGGAUGUGUUCCAUUUUUAUUGCUGUAACGAACAGGCAAGCGUUUGUCCCUUCACAAAACUCCGAGCACACAACAUCUCUGACCUCCUGCAAUAUUUACGAUCAUCGUAACUCCAAGAAUGACAGUCAAAAUAAAGUGGACAAUUGAAAUUGCA